UUUCCUCCCUGCCAGCUAUCCGUGUUUCUUUCCUCCCUGCUAAGUAUAAACAAUAACAAACCUGAGGGAGGGAGGAGAGAAAACGCCGCUGAAGGAGGAGGAAAUAAAUAACUGCAAGAAGAAGAGGAAAGGAGGGAGGAAAUCACUGCAGGAAGAAAGGAAGGGAAAGAAAACGCUGCAGGAGGAACAAGGAGAAGGGAAGUGAGGAAUGCAACCGCCGCUCAGCCGCCAGACCGCUGACCAACACUAGAAGACCUACUGCGCAGUGACUCCCUCAGUCCAAGCGUCACUUUCCAAGUCCUCAAGCACAGCUCAGCAUAACAUCAUAUCACAGUCUUGAGCAGCCUCCACCCUUGGGAUUCUAGAGACUGUAGCCCCACUGCCAACCCAGUCUUCUAAAAUGCUGAAAAAGCUUGCAGCCUGGGAGUCACAGCAGGAGGAAUAAAACAAGAAAAGGAAGGAAACAUCACUACAGAAAGAGGAAUCAGAAAAGGAGGAUAUUACUGCAGGAAGAACAGGAAAAGAAGGAGGAAAUCCUGCUGAGAAGAAAAAAGGAGAGAGGAAAGCACUGCAGAAGGACUGGUCACUCUUUAAGGCCACACCAAGAUGUCUUUUGUCACUGACAUACAGCUCAUGAUGCACGGAUUUGGGGACUGUCGGAAGCCCCUGCGAGAGACAGCUGCAGUGAUUGAGUCCAUCGUGCACCAGCAGAUGACUGUCUUCCUCCACCAGGCCACGGACAUUGCAGAGCAGCGGGGCCAGCGGGUAGUGGGACCAGAGGACAUCCUGUUUGUGAUGCGACGUGACCCUCUCAAGCUGCAGCGCCUUGUACAUUACAUGGGAGUGCGAGACCUGUACCAAAAGACCAGAGCCAGCACAUCCACCCCCUCCACCGGUGAUCCGUCAGAGACACCAGGGGAGGUAGCAACGCCACCAGAGGUAUCACGGAAGAAACUCUGCAUCAACUUCCUCCAGACAAUUGACCAGACAGGGCAGUACGAGCCCCUCUAUUCAUCCUCAAUCCAAGACCCUGUGAAGGCGGAGCGUAUAUCACGUCUGGAUUCCUUGACGCAGGGGAUGUCCUUUCAGAGGUACAAGGAAUACUGUGAGGCCAGGCGAGCAUCCUUCUGCCCCCGCCUCAGGGUCAACAAGUUCAGGGAUUGGCUACUGGGCGAGGAGAACAGUGACGUCAAGCUCACCCAGCUGGUUCUGGAGAUGUUGAAUCGCCUGGCAUACGAGACAGUGGCACAGAUAGUUGACCUGGCCUUGCUUGUCAAGAGGGAUGCCAAUGGACACAAUUCGGACCUGUCUCGUUUCCGCACCCCAACAGCCUUCAACCCUGACUACCCUUGUGUUUUUAUCCACCAAAGUGGCUCCUUGCAGGAGAUUGGCUCCGGAGAUGAGCACUGCAUAGGGAUGGACCCAAUAACCCCCCCAGAGGUGCGGGAGGCCAUGCGGAGGUAUUGGGGCAACUCCUCGGUCUUGGCACCCUUCUCCAAGAUACGCUCGCCCAUAUCCACCAAGCUCCUUGCAGCAUAACAGGAAGACAGUUACAGUUCAUUGAGGACAUGUUUGCCAAUUUGUACUCACCCUUCCAAAUAUGUAGUAUGUACUUAUAUUGUUGUGAAAGACCUGUCUGAAAAAAAUAGCUGUCCUUAACCCUUUCAUUGUGCUUGGUGAGGGAGGCGUCUAUUCCUCUAGGCGCACUCGGGUAGCCCAACAGGGAGGGUGGGGGGGUCUAUUUUAAUCACUUUAUCUCAAAAACUACUCAUCACAGCUAAAAACAAAAACACCAUUGGAAAGAGGAGGCCAAGAUCUUUAAGAUUCGGUUAUGUAAGCCUCUCCUGUGAACGUAGAGGCACGUUCAAGGGGUGUUGCCUGUGAAGACGUACAUUUGUACAUGCGCGACGGUCAGCCAUAUUGAAGCAACUGAGUAUAUCUCUUGAUGGGGUGCUGGCUGGUAUUGUCAACUGCAAAAUCUACAACAAUUUGGUCAAAAAAUCAGUCAGGUGGUAGGUGAAGUUAUGCAAAAAUGCCGCUAUGUUGGACAACAACAUCUACCAGUUACUCGUCCGUAGAUUUUUCACAUUUUUCCGCGCUAGGCUGAUAUGAUUUUUCACCAGAUUUAGUAGAAAAUCAUUGAAUUGGCAAUGCUGUGGGGUGAGAAAUAGUGUUGGAACACUCAUACGUGGCAAAUUUGAGUGCGACUGGCACUCGCAGCAAGCAUUUAGCACCACUAACAAGUUACGCUGCGAGUAUUUAGCAACAAAAGGCUUAAGAUUGAUUAAAUAUUGUAAAAAA